AUGAUAGGUUCCGAUUUGGUCCAGUGCGGUCCAUCUGUGGACGUUAACAUCAAGGUCAGGGUGGACUGACCAAAUUUCAACUACUUUUCAACGUCCAUGGAAGUCCGGUAUGGGUCGGUGCUAAGUGGGUGAGGAUGCUGGUUGCAGUAAAUGGAAAGAGAGGGGGCUUAUGGGUAAUUGUAAGUAAGACCUGGGAGAGGUGACAUAAACUGGAGAGUGAGAAAGGGAGGUAGAGAGGGAUGGCUUGUCCAGGGGUUUGACCACCAGACAAAAGAAAGAGAAAGAAAACAGUUAUCAGCUGAACAUAACUAAUUGGUCGGUCUACCAUUACUUAUUACUUCUGUGAACUUUCAUUAUCCUCCCUUAUGAGGGUACAAGGCAAUAUUUCUUAAACUUACAGAAGGUAAACAAUUUCUCCAAAAUAUAAGUGUUGAUAUUAGUUGGCAGGGAUCUUUACGUCAACAUUAUUGUGUUUUGAUGCAGUACUGAUACCUUUAAAUACUUUUUCUGGUAGAUGUUUUCUAAGACCUCAUUUCCAUCUGUUUAUCCAGAAAUCAAAGCCUUUAAGUUCUAGUUACUUGUUUCCUUCAGGAAGAGCACACGUUCAGUAAGGAGGAAGAACAGAAACUGCAGAGUGCUCUGUCAUUGGACAAGCAGUCUGGUGCUGGAGACUGUUGCCUUCAUUCUAGAACAGGUAGGUGGGCCUCGAUGUCCGCCUCAACUGUAGCUGGAAUAAAGAAUCUUUAAUUCAUUGUUGCUUAGUUAACCUACCUUUCCACUCAAGCGUUCAGUGUACUGUUUCCCAGUCUGAAGCUGAGGGAGAAUUUCUAGUUGUCACAUGCAGAGCAAUUCAAGGAAUUAUGUAUAAACUGUGCACAAGUAUCCAAAGUAUGCACACUGCAACUAUUUUAUGGCGCUAUUGGUGAUGAUGGUUUUCACAAUGUAAAAUAAGUAUCUUGGCAUUCUCUCAACCAGCUUCAUGAGGUAGUCACCUGGAAUACAUUUCAAUUAACAGGUGUGCCUUCUUAAAAGUUAAUUUGUGGAAAUUUCUUUCCUUCUUAAUGCGUUUGAGCCAAUCGGUUGUGUUGUGACAAGGUGGGGCGGGGGCGGGGGGUAUACAGAAGAUAGCCCUAUUUGGUAAAAGACCAAGUCCAUAUUAUGGCAAGAACAGCUGAAAUAAGCAAAGAGAAACGACAGUCCAUCAUUACUUUAAGACAUGAAGGUCAGUCAAUACGGAACAUUUCCAGAACUUUGAAAGUUUCUUCAAGUGCAGUCGCAAAAACCAUCAAGCGCUAUGAUGAAACUGGCUCUCAUGAGGACCGCCACAGGAAUGGAAGACCCAGUCUUGACUUGCUUGGGCCAAGAAACAUGAGCAAUGGACAUUAGACUGGUGGAAAUUUGUCCUUUGGUCUGGAGUCCAAAUUGGAGAUUUUUCGCAUGUGUAUUUUCCACCGUAAAGCAUGGAGGAGGAGGUGUUAUGGUGUGGUGGUGCUUUGCUGGUGACACUGUCUGUGAUUUAUUUAGAAUUCAAGUCACACUUAACCAGCAUGGCUACCACAGCAUUCUGCAGCGAUAUGCCAUCCCAUCUGGUUUGGGCUUAGUGGGAGUUUCAUUUAUUUUUCAACAGGACAAUGACCCAACACACCUCCAGGCUGUGUAAGGGCUAUUUGACCAUGAAGGAGAGUGAUGGAGUGCUGCAUCAGAUGAGCUGGCCUCCACAAUCCCCCGACCUCAACCAAAUUGAGAUGGUUUGGGAUGAGUCAGACCGCAGAGAGAAGGAAAAGCAGCCAACAAGUGCCCAGCAUAUGUGGGAACUCCUUCAAGACUGUUGGAAAAGCAUUCCAGGUGAACCUGGUUGAGAGAAUGCCAAGAGUGUGCAAAGCUGUCAUCAAGGCAAAGGGUGGCUAUUUGAAGAAUCUAAAAUAUAUUUUGAUUUGUUUAACACUUUUUUGGUUACUACAUGAUUCCAUAUGUGUUAUUUAAUAGUUUCGAUGUCUUCACUAUUAUUCUACAAUGUAGAAAAUAGUAAAAAUAAAGAAAAACCCUUGAAUGAGUAGGUGUUCUAAAACUUUUGACCGGUAGUGUAGUUCUAAGUAAAGCUUAGUUUAAUGCUCAGUACAAUACAAUACGUUUUUUUGCAGAACAAUUCUGUCAAGUGACUGCUGUCAUGCAUGCAGAAUCUGCAUCUUAACAUGUAUUGAGCUAGCCUAGGAACCAGUCUGUUUAGCUAUUAUUCCACUCCUUGCCACAAGGUGUGGUACCCAGGCUAGUAUUUAGCUACAGCCAAGAAAAAAGUACCUUGAGGCCUAUUGCAGAUCCUCUCUCUACCCCUCUGCAGGCUGUGUAUCAUAAUGUGAAGCCAGCCUCCCUGAAGCAGCAGUUUGAGAACAUCCAUCUCACCCCAGAGAAGGCGGCGGCCUUCUGCCAGGCCUGGACCACUGCCUGCCCUGAUGUCGUGGAGAAGGUCAGGCAGAGGAUUUUCGCCCCCAAAAAUGUGCAGAAAACUUCCUGA